AUAAACGUUCACGGAAUUAUGUCUGCAGCCUCGCGCCUAUAAUAAUGCGAAUAUAACGCGUUUAUGUUUACCAUAUAGGUUUAUAGCAGAGCAUAGCAGGUUUUCUUUGUGGAUAUCGCGGUAUAUUCGUCGGUUUGUGGGUGGUGAUGCCAAGGUUGAGGGUCCGGCUGGAAAUGGCGGACAGAGAGAGACUGUCGCUGCAGAAGCGGAAAAAAUGAACAAAUCAGACAAAGCGCCGAAUUUUCUUCCAGGCCGUUUGCGAUCAGAAGACGAGACAGAUCGGACAUCUGAUCACCGGGAGGCGGACUGAUCGCGUGCUGUACGAUGGUCCUGACAGCAAACCUGGACACCUGUGUCCUUCAGCAGGUGUGGUUUUCUGUUGAGAGACUCUGAAGGGUCAAACUAUAGCAGCAGUUCUGGAGGAGGAGGAGGAGCGGGUGUUCCGGUGGCGUCACGCCCUGCUGCAGGGUAUGGAGUACCACACUUCAGGGACGUUACCUCUCCUGGGCAGCCCGCGCUACUGCGCCGGAGCAAACAGCGCCAGCGGAUACCUGUGUCAGACCGGCCAAUGCUGUCAGGAGACCGGCUGCUGUACAUACUACUAUGAGCUCUGGUGGUUCUGGUUGCUAUGGAGUGUCCUCAUCUUGUUCAGCUGUUGUUGUGCGUAUCGUCACCGUCAGGCAAAACAGCGAGUGCAACAGCAGCAGAGACAGCGAGAGAUCAACCUCAUGGCGUAUCACGGAGCGUGUAGUUACCCCUCCUCAAUGUUUGACCUCAGUUUCCUCGCUUCACUUAAACUUCCGUCCUAUGAGGAAGUGGCAGCCCAGCCCAGCACCCCGCCCCCUCCCUACAGCUCUGUAGCGUACCCGCGAGGCUCCGCCCACCCUGGCCCGAGUCACAUGCUGUCGUCCCAGAGUUCUGACAACUACACCAGCUGCUCCUGUGACUCCUGCUGUCCAUCAUCUCCCUGUAGCUCCUCCCCAUCUUCCGCUCAGCUCACGGAUGAGACGGACACGAGUCACGCCUCCACGCCCUCCGUCGGCGAGCCUCGUCGCGGCUGCAUAGCGGCAGUCGUAACGCAUGCCGAGACGGCUUCAGUGGUGCCGGUCGACGAUCGCAGCCGAUCCACAGCUGUUAUAGAGGCGGAGCUGACAGUCUCCACCCCCCUGGACUGCAACGGCAACCAAACGAUGAUCACAGUCAGCAACGAACCCAAUGAGACGUGUGAUGCGGCCCACGGCAGUCGGGAUGACGUCUGUGACGCGGCGUCUCAGAAUAUAACCAGACCGACUGUCCCGGUGACUCCGCCCUCGCCUCCGACCUCCUCGUCCCUGCAUCUCUUCUCCAUCUCUGACCCGCUGGGAGUUCAGCAACAUCCUGCAAUGCGGAGGGAGGAGCCUGCACAGGACACCCCGCCCCCGCAGUCUCCGCCCAGAUCCGUCGUCUUCUCUCCCGGCGUUGAACCCGAGCGCCGCGACUCAGCCGUGAGCGACCUGGAUGUGGACCAGACGCACUUCCAGCAGCGACGGUUGACCGGUGACUCCGGGAUCGAGGUGUGCCGCUGCCGCGUCGAGGAGGACGAUGAGGAGGAAGGUGAGCCGAGGGCGGAGAUGACCACCAGUGACGGCCUCCACGAUAGCCCGGACUGUUCCGAGAGAGCCAGUCGGGAAGCGGGCGGGAAAAUGGCGUGGCCCGUCUCCGAGACACCCCUGGAAGCGGUCGUCAUCGCCAUGGAAACUGACUAAUAGGGAAGGGUAGUGUGCAGAUCUCUUGAAUGAGUUGUGGCACCGUCAUCAGUGACGGAGUCCAGCUGUGGCCUAACAGACACAACUUUAGUCUUUAGAGUUCUUUAUGUCCGUCUGUCUGUCCGUUCUCUCGUCUUUCUCUGUCACAGACUGUUGACUAAAGGUGCUUACACACUAGAGAGAGCUGGAAUGAAACGCCUCAGAUCAACUUUGAGGUCGGGUCGUGCUGUAAAGAAGCUAAUUGGAUGGUCUGAAAGUGUCAGCGGAGAGCGUCACAGCAUUGAAAGCAGCGUAAAGUCAGACGCAGAUCUUUAAAUGUGUCACUGUGAUGUUUUGACGGACCUUCACAAUGCUGUCAGACUGCUUCAGAUGCUGUGGAAUUCUGGGUAAACGGGGCAGACAGCAUUCAGUAAACCUCCACUCGCCGUGUUCCAGAACACCAGCUCGACCAGAACAGAUGCUGCAUCACCAACACCUCAGGACAUCACUUUAGUUCUGUCACGAAGACGUGUUUAUUAACAUUUGGUUAUAUCGUUAUGUAAAACAUUACACAAUUCAUUCGCAGAUACAUUUCACACAAGCAGUCGAAGUUUAAUUGAAACCCAAAAUCAUCAGAAAGACAUUUAAAUAAAAAAGGUCUGAAGUCGAGAUGUGAUGGAGUUCUCAGUCCUUAGAAAUGUAUGUUGAUGGUAAUGAAAAACAUGAAAUAAAGCAAAAAUCUAUGAAUAAUGCAUGUAACUCUGAAAAGAAAUAUCACAAUGCAAAAAACCCCUAAUGAUCCGGUCAUUUAUCAUUUACAUUCUGUGUCUUUUAGUUUUGGGGGUGAAAUGUGACAUUCACACAGACAGCCUGAGAACAGCAGACCGCUGUUAACAUACAUAUAGAUAUCAUAUAUAUAGAUAUAUUGAAUAGACACUAUAUAAGAAUAAAUCCAGUAGCUUCAGAUUGAAUAUACUCUCUCUCGAUAUAAAUGAUUUAUAUUUUGUACGCAUGCUGUUAGGAGUCUGUGGUGUGCUGCUGUUUCAUGUUGUCAGAGGGGUUUUGUCUUAGACUAUUGCCAGUGUUUCCAGCAUCACUGUUGCGUUACCAUAAUGUUACCAUGACAACCCACUCUAGUGUGAGCAAUAGAGUGUGUUUGAUGUUGAUGUGCGGCGCUAUGAAAGCUGUAAUUCAAACUUUUAAAGACACU